CGCCGCGCGCGAGGCCAGGCUGCCGAUCGUCAUGGCGCACGAGAAUGAUGCCGUCCGCGGCGGCUGCAUCUUUGCCCACUUUUUCGAGGUGACGCCGCGCGACCUGAUCUCCGAUGGGCUGUACAACGACCUCGCCGUCGGCUGCCACGCGGAACCGCACCGGCAGGCGUCGAUCGCCCUCCUCGCACAGGCGCUCGGCGCGACCAAGCAGACGGCUCAGUCGCGCGUUCGCCGCGUCACCGCCCUCGCUCGAACGACGCAGCCCCGCGGCUCCUCUUCAAAGACGGAGCCGUCGAGUGGCGGUGACCUUGCCGAAGCCUGCAAAGAGCCGCAUGCCCAGAUGAGCCAGAUCGUCUGACCACUACCAUCCCGCACCACCACGUCCACGCAUGUUCACUAGCUAGCACUGCGAAGCGAGUUCUGCCCUCCCCGUCCUCCCUGCCUGUCUGCGCCUGCGGUCGCGAGUGUUUUGUCCCUCCCCUUCUCCCUGCCUGUCUGCGCCUGUGGCCUCCCUGUCUGCGAGACGUUUUUUGUCCCUCCACUUCUCCCUGCCUGUCUCUCUCCCUGCCUGUCUCUCUCCCUGCAUAUCUCCGCCUGCGGCGCGAACGUUUUGUUCUAUAGCCCCUAUUUAGACACGACUAACUACG